AUGAUAUCCCAGGUGGUCCGGACGUUUCUGCUAUCCUUUGUGAUAAGCAGUGUCUUUUGCCAUGACAUCAAUACUUACAAUGCAGAUUAUGGAGUGUAUGUCGGAGAACUUUCUAGUCCGGAAUCCGACAUUUCCGGACAAGUGUUUGUUGUGAAUGCUACCACUCUUCAAAUUUUCAACCUCACUUUCUCACCAACUCAACAAGAUCUCUACUUCUGGCUUGAUACCAAAGAAACGCCAACUAAGGAAGGAGUGAAAGCCCACACCUAUGAAUACGGAAUCACACCACUCGGACCAUUCCCGGAAGACAACGAUCGAGUUGUUGUUCAUGUUCCAGAGAAAAACAGAAUUGAUGAUUUCAAAUCAUUCUCCAUUUACUCUUUCAAAACAGAUAAAAACUUCGCAUCAUUGGUUCUCCCAGAAGCACUGAAAAUCCCAAAAUCUGUUGCGCUUACUACUGAAUUUUCCGGAAAACGGUACAGUUUAAGAUCAGGACCCCUCUAUGUUAUCGACCGAAGAACCAUCAAGGUGUAUGGAUUCACAUUCGAAGGAAACAAGGCGCCAAAAACCUAUUUCUACGCUGGCCGUGGUGCAUCGGUAUCUUACAGUUCUGGCGUCAAAGUGGCGAUUCGCGGGAAAGACGAGAAAGAGAUAAGUGAAAUCAGUGAAAACUACCGCGGAGGAAAGGACAUCAUCCUUGAACUGCCGGAGAAUUAUGAUAUAUUCCACAUUGAUUGGAUCUCAGUUUAUUGCUACAAAUACCGGGUCAACUUUGGAUCAGUUCUGGUUCCGACAGAUGACACACUUGCUAACCUCCCACCUUAUGUGCCGUCAUUCAAAAGAAAUUCCGAUGAGAAGUCAAUGACACGUGGAGUCUUGAAGGGAUCCGCCGAGAGGAGAAAUUUCACUUUCCAACUAGGAGACAUAGAACACAUCAAGAAUUACAACGUAUUGUUGACCACCCGCACUGACAAACUGAUAGCAUUUCUUUUGCAGGGAAACCUUCGGUCACCAAAAUAUGUUUGGCACGUGAAUAGCGUGAUGACUCCGGAUCUCUACUUGAUGAGAAAUGUCACUUACAAUUUCAAUGUUGAAGGGGGCCGUGAAAAGAUGAUCCCAGAGUUCUACAACCCACUCUACAUUGGAGAUGAUGAGAACGGAGGAUACAAUGAGCUGUCAGAAAAUGAAAUUGAAAGAGUCACAGUUCACUCGCCUGGACCAAUUGAAAGCAACACUGGACCACUCUGUCUCUGGAUGCACAACAAAGAUAAAUCUGCUAACGAACCGGAUACGUUUUUGGAUUGUGAUGGAUGGCCGGAAGAUGUUCACUCAUUCGCUUUCACUCCAAAUGAGACCACCCCAUCUGUUCUUUAUUAUAACAGCGGAAACAACUUCAAUAUGGGAGGCAGAAUCUUCAUUGUUGAUGAGCUACCAGAAGACAUCGCCGAUAGUGCAGAGGUGCCGUAUAACCGCGAGAAAUGGCACACUUUGGCUUUGAGCCGUCAACGAGCCGACAAAGUAAACGGAGGAAAAGCUACUCUUGCUGCAGUUUUUCUGAUAAUUCUGACUAUUAUGAUAGCCUAA